UAGGUGGCAGUUGUUAUUUUAGGUAGUUAGGCAACAAAGAUAAUAAUAAUAAGCCGUAUACAAUUUUACGCAUCGAUUAGAUCAGUGUUGAAUUCAGUGGUUCGUGCUUUCAUAGACAUUACAUUUAAGAUUUGACUGAGUCAAUAUGAGCGAGGACUGGGAUGGCGACCCGCCUUCAGAGUUUCAUCCUGUUGAAGGUGGCACAAGGUUUACUGGACCAACUUACGAUGACAAGUGGGGAAGUGGCGACAAUAAUAAUAAUGGAAAUAGAGGAAAUGUUGAAAGAAGUAGUAGCGGUAGAGACUUUAGAGAUGUCAAAUGGGAAAGUGGCGACAAUAAUUAUGAUAAUAAUGGAUAUAGACGAAAUGUUGAAUGGGGUACCAAUGUCAAAGAGAGAAGAGUUGGAAGAGGACGACGAGGAUUUGGUCGAGAUGUUGACAGUCGUCACAAACCUAACAACAUUAACAAUAGAUGGGGAGAAAAUCACCAGGAAGGCGCAUUAGGCGAUAGAGGAGAUGACAUGUGGGAAAAUGGCGACAAUAAUAAAGGAAAUAGAGGAAAUGUUGAAAGGAAUAGCAGCGGUACAGACAGAAGAGUAGGAAGAGGACGAUGUUUUGGUCGAGAUGUUGACAGUCACCAAAAAUUUAAUAACAGUAACAAAGGAUGGGGAGAAAAUGACCAAGAAGGCGAAAGAGGCGAAAGAGAAGAUGACAACUGGGAAAGUGGAGACAACUAUAAGAGAAAUAGGGAUACCACUGAAUGGGGAAACAGUGGCAAAGGCACAGGAAACCGAAGGCGCCGUGGUUAUAGUCGAGGCGGUGUGAACAGAUUUAAUAAUGAUGAAACGUGGGAUGAAAAUGGCGAGGAAGGCGCAAGAGGCAGUACAGGAGGUCACAACAAUCAAACCCGAAGUGGCAGCGGAGUGGACGACAGCUGGGGUGAAAGAAGCGACGGUGCUUGGGGUGAAGAUGAUAGGGGAAGGCGUUGUCGCGACAUGGGUGACUCCAACAGAAGAGGUCGCACUGAUAUUGACACAAAUGAUGUCGGUCCGGAGAAACCACGGGAGAUUUAUGUGCCCCUAGAACGGGUCGGAGAGGAUGAUCUCUUCACAACCACCAUCACUUCGGGUGUGAAUUUUAUUAAACUGACUGACGUUGAAGUAAAUGUGUCGGGACAGAAUGUGCCCAGGCCGAUUGCUUCAUUUGAAGCAUCCCAACUUAGACAACUGUUAUGUGAUAACGUGAAAAGGUCUGGUUACACCACACCAACGCCUAUACAAAAACAUGCAAUACCCAUAAUUGCAAACGGGAGAGAUUUGUUGGGCUGUGCCCAAACUGGCUCAGGAAAAACCGCCGCGUUUCUACUUCCCAUAAUUAACAAACUAAUGGAAUAUCAAUCUCCACCUAUCACUGAAAAUGGCACAGCACAUCCCAUUGUGGUAAUUAUCUCUCCAACCAGAGAACUUGCCAUACAAAUUUACGAACAAGCCCGAAAAUUUGCUUACCACACAAUUGUUAAGGUCGUAAUGUGCUAUGGCGGCACAUCAGUAUUUCAUCAGACUAGUCAAGUUUCUCGAGGUUGCCACAUUCUGGUGACAACUCCUGGUCGUCUGAUUGAUUUUCUUUCGCGUAACACCAUCUCUUUUGCUUCUUGCAAUUGUUUUGUUCUGGAUGAGGCGGAUCGCAUGCUAGAUAUGGGAUUUAUUUCAGCAGUUGAGCAGAUGCUUGGCCACGAGACUAUGCCAGCUACGGGUGUAAGACAGACGUUGAUGUUUUCCGCUACGUUUCCUGAAGAGGUUCAAGUUUUGGCAGGAAAAUUUUUAUACAAUUAUAUAUUUGUGGCUGUUGGCAUCGUGGGGAGUGCCUCAAGUGAUGUGGAACAGUACUUCCACAUGGUAUCAAAGUACAACAAGAGAGAAAUGUUGAUAGAAAUGCUUCAAAAAUCCAAAGGCAAAGAAAAAACCAUCGUAUUUGUGGAAACGAAGCGCAACACAGACUUCCUAGCCGCCUUGUUAAGCGAAAGCGACAUACAAUCGACCAGCAUCCACGGCGACCGACUUCAACGAGAGCGCGAGCAGGCCUUGUGGGACUUCAAAAAGGGCACAAGAAAUAUUUUAGUUGCGACCGCCGUUGCGGCCCGAGGUCUCGACAUCGAAGGUAUCCAGCACGUGAUAAAUUACGACUUGCCGAAGAGCAUAGACGAAUAUGUUCACCGCAUCGGUAGGACGGGCCGUGUUGGGAACUGCGGCAAAGCCACCAGUUUCUACGAUCCGGACGUCGAUUCAGGCCUGGCCAGGCCACUGACGAAGAUUCUGGAACAGGCCGGGAUCAUCGUUCCGGAGUUUCUGCGCAAGGCCGGAUAUGGCGGCAGAUCGUCGGAUGGAUUUAGCGGCAGGGAUGUCAGAGGCAACGAUUAUGGUACUGACGUUAAAGCUGCAUUUGAUCCAUGUGCCGAUGAAUGGUAAUGUUUUAUUAAUUUUUUACAUAGCACCUUUGUGUAAGCGUUUUGCUAUAAAAAUAAAAUUGUGUUAAGUAUUAUAAUUUUGUAAAUUGUGAAAACUGAAAACUUUGUAAGACGUGUAUUUCCCUUUGUUCAAAAUAAAAACUACUCUUUAAUUUGAAA